GCUUUUUCUGACGCACGCGCAAUAGUUUUUUGAGGAUGGCGAUAUUCAUUUUCUUCGACUUCACACAGGCUGUCCUUGUUAUCCAUAUUUAUUUUGAUUGAUAUAUGAUAAAUACUGAUAAGGAUAAAGAAGAGGGGCGAAACAAAAUAGUGAAUAAGUAUCAAACAAAAACAGAAAACCGUCAUUCUGCUCUGUUCUGUGACGAAGUUUAUUACCUUCUGUGAUCAAAUUUUGAACUUUUGUUUUCAUUUUAUACUUUAUUUGUGAUUUCUGUGGUAUUAGUCAUAACAUCAGACAAAUAAAAAUUGUCUAGAUGUAGUAGUAAUGUAAUAAAAAUAAUGCAGGAAUAUUGGACAUAGUCUAAAUGGAAGAGACACUUUCAAAACUAAACGGAUACAAGAGAGUUAUAGAAGUAGAAGACUUCAUAGACUUUUUGUAUUCUAAUAAAUUAAUAUCUGAAGAAAACUAUUAUGUUGUUCAGCAAAAGAAACAAUCUGCUAGGAUUCAUGAACUGUUUGAAAUUAUUCACUCCAAGGAAAAUUUGGAAACAGUUUUUGAUUAUUUAAAAGAUAAGUAUCCAGAAGAGGCAAACACUCAAGAACAGGAAAGAGCUUAUCGAGUAUCUGUUGCAUUAGGUGGCUUUCCGAAAUUGCCUCCAAACUAUAUUCCUAGACAAUCUCUAGUAGAAGACGUGAGACGGAAAUUUUUGAAUCUAGAAUGGAAGACCAAACUAGUAAUACAUGGCAUGAUGGGCUAUGGAAAAUCUUGUUUGGUAAACGAAAUACUGAGUGAUAGUACUGUGAGAAAAUAUUUUGAUAAUUGUAUUUUCUGGAUAAAAUUAGGAGAUUGUCACCAAAAGGAGGAUGCCUUACAACCAAUGUGGAGGCUUUAUACUACUGCAAGUGAAAUGAUCUCACAAAAAAUUUCUCAUAAUGAAGAUGACGUAGAUAACUUGAAACGGUUGCUCAUCAUGCUAUUUAUAGAUAACAGACUGAAAAAUUCCCUGUUGAUUCUUGAUGACGCUAACAAUGAGGAAGUUUUAGAGUGUUUCGAUAUUGUAAACUGCAAAACUGUGAUUACUACCCAGAAUAAAAAUAUUUUGCGGAAUGAAGAGGCUGUACUGGUCGAGGUGAAAACAGGUUUUUCCCGCAGAGAGUCUUUAAAUCUGUUCAAAAAAUCUCUCAAAGUUGAUCAUGAAUUACCUGCUGCCGCUGAUGAAAUUCAUAGUAUUUGUCAAGGUCAUCCCAUGCUCAUUGCUCUCAUCGGAUCAUAUUUGAGUGAGAAUGCUGAUUAUAUAAAAGAAGAGGAAGGAAAAAGUAUUUGGGAUUUUGUCAAAACUAUGGUUAUGAAGGGACAUUACAGGUUGAAUAAGUAUAAUACCACUGAAGUGGAUAUCCUUCAAAUGAUUAAAAAGUGCAUCGAAAAUCUUUUGACCAGCGACUUGAAGGAUCUCUACGAGGACCUUGCAAUAUUUCCCCCGGAUGUCAAUAUACCUCCAGAAGUACUCAAAACUCUGUGGGAUGUAUCCCAUGACGAUGUCCGCAACAUCAUGAACAAGUUUGCAGAGAAAUCGCUCAUCGUACCAUUCUAUCACAAGGAUCUGAAGACUUACAUUUAUGGAAUCCACGACAUUCACUUGAAUUACCUUAAAGACAUCACAAAAGACUGUUCUGUCUUGUUGCAUAGAAAGCUACUCUCUGGCUAUGACAGACUCACUGGUAAAAAUUAUGCAAAUUUACCUAAUGACAACUAUACAUUACAGUUUAUUGGUUACCAUCUGUAUUACGGAGAAUAUUUUGAUAAAUUUGAUAUUUAUUUCGAUUUAAGAUUCUUGGCAGCAAAAGUGAAGGCUGUCGGCAAGGAAGAUGUUCUGAGAGACAUGGAUAAAUAUCAGAUAUACAUAACUCGUGAAGACAAUAUUUUAUCAGAAAAACUAAAGCAGUAUAAGGAUUUCAUCAAACGUUGUGGUGGAAAUCUAUACAGCUAUGAGAAAACGGACAUUAUACAGUAUGCGUUGCGUGAAAACAGAGACAGUUAUGUAUUCAAAGAUGCCAUCAAAUUAGCCAAAACAGGGAAUCAGCUAUAUUUACAGUUACAGAAACCUUGUGAAGAAUUUGAUUAUUCUCAGAAAAUUAAUGUUAAGGAUGAUAUAACGUCAGCGUGCUUCGUAGAUUCUCCCCAGAGUAUAUUGAUUGGAACCACCAAUGGAAAAAUAAAACUGUUUUACGAACAAUCUGUCAAAGAAAUAGCUAAUUUUGUCGGCCAUGAGGGUGCCAUAAAAUCAUUGAUCAUCAGCCCAGAUAAAUCCUAUUUCUUGUCCGUUUCUAUAGAUGGGACAGUGUUGAUGUGGAAAUUUGCUGCCGACAGUGCUAGAAAUAGCCGAGAUUUCACUAAUCUGCUUCAAAUUUCACCGAAAAGCAAACAGUCCUAUUGGCAAGAUAUGCACACUGCAGAUCGUGGUCAGGUGUCCCCUAGAAAAAGGUUUGGCGUUUUCGAGUCUGAAGAAGAUCAUUUGAUUUCGGCUGGUUUUUGCAAUAAUUUUCCAAACACAUUUCGCAUCAUUACUGGUUCUGAAAGAGGUAAUGUCUCGGUUUGGGAUGCUCGGACAGAAACUCGGCUCUUCAGUACUGGUCCUAGAGGGAUGCCUGCACCAUGUGUUUUGUAUCUUGAAACACAUAUCAUGAUUUUGAUUGCAUUUGCUUGUCAGGAUGAUAUAUUUGUUUAUAGAAUAGAAGAUGACCAGCCAAGCUUUCAUUGUCAGCUUCACAAUGCAAAUAAUUGCAAUUCACUGUUUGCUAGCGAUGAUAAUUUUUUUGCCAUUAGCGACAAAAACCUUAAACAGUGGCGAUGGGAGAAAGGUAGAAUGGAGAUGGUUUAUAACAUCUCAGAUCCUACCAAGAUCAACAUCUGUUCAACUCUUACAGUUGAUAACCAAUUUUUAGUAGUUAGCACCAAUAAGAAUACAGUCUAUAUUUGGGAUAUCCAGAAGAAGAAACUGUUGAGAGAGUUUCCGAAUAAAGGGUUGGCAAAAUCUCUUGACACUUUUUACGAUGAAGACCGGUCAGUUCACAUAUUACUUAUAGGAUCUGAUAGGAAAACUUUGCAACAAUGUCACAUUCAACCUUAUGAAAGAGAACCUCAUACUGAGAAUAUGCCCAUUUGUACGCCAUUUUGGAGAAAAAAUAAUGUUCUCACCGCCGUCAUCAGCAAAGAAAACAAAAUACAGGUUUUCAGUGGAUAUAUUCUCAUUUCAGAAAGUGAGGUCAUCCAUCCAAAAGUAACCUGCACUUGUUUUUCAGUGUGUGGAAAUGAAGUGAUUUAUGGUUUGAGUAAUGGUGAAGUACAUAUUUUCAAGAUACGUUCAAAAACCAACACGUGCUUGCAAGAAGCAACUGGUGCUGAAGUGACUUACCUAAAAUCGUAUGAUCCCAGUAAUUCAUAUUAUAAUCGCACCCCGACUGGCGAGUCUGGUGGCAGUUUCGACAGCCUAGAUUUCUUAGAUUGUGAGACUGGACUCUUGAUUGUAAUAUUUGGCGAUGAGUUAGUUAAAAUCUAUAAAGGAAAUAAAGUUUAUGAAAAAAAAAUUGUGAAUCCAACAGUCUUUCACAAGUUGGACCGUUUGAUAUUUGUUGAUAAUUUCUGUCAAAUCUAUGAUUGGCAACAGGAUAAUGGAUUUGCAGAUAUUUCGAAUUCGACUAUAUCAAAAACAGUUCAAAGCAAACUCGCCGUUUUUGCGUCACACAAUUCUCAUCUGGCACUAUUUUACAAGCAAGAUGAUUGGAGAUAUAUGGAUAUUCUUUCAUUAGCUGAUAGUUCGAAAUCGCUGAGACACGAAAAAUUGGCUGAUAAGGUCAGGUCGGCCUGUUUCUCUGGUGAUGGCUCCCUUUUAGCGGUUGGAUUCAUGUCUGGCAACAUAGAGGUGUGGAAUUUGAGAGAUUGUUUCAAAAGGACAACCUUGAAACUUCAUGAUGAUCCUGUGGAAGGAUUGCUGUUUUCGCCGAACUUUGAACCAAUACUGAUCAGUUUGGGCACUGAAAUAGCUUGGUGGAAUCUCAAGUCCUUGAAAAAGAUCGUGAAAAGUAGAGGCAGACCCCAGAGCAUCGACAUUUUGGAAAAUGUCCCAUAUGAUCUCUGUUCUAUGGACUUUUCUUACUGGAGGGACCGUACACCGCUCGAUGGUAACGAUUUUCUGUUAUCAUGCAUGAAGCUAGGAGGAAAAGCAAAAUAUAUGUCUGCGUCAAAUGAUUUUGACUCUUUCCUGGCAAUCGACGAUAAUGGCAAGGUGUACAUUAUGGAAAUUGUCCGUCCUGAUAAUUAGAGAAUUAAUGAAAUUAGACACAGGCUAUUGUGCAAUUUUGAUCAGGAGAUUCGUUGAAUGGAUUCUUCAUUCAAACAUAAUUAUUGUGAUAAAAACCUAAUUUUCUCUCUACUAUCGGAUCUCAAAACGAAUCAGAUCAGCUCGACCAUGUGCAAUAGUAAUUGUUUUGCUCAACGGGUGUUAACCUAGCUCAAAUAUUCGUUGAUAUGUUCUCUAGAAUUAAUUGUAGAAAGAAAUAGUUUUAUAUAGGUAUAUUUGCAUCUAUUUCUUUCAAUGCAUUUAUUUAUUCUGUUUUUGCUAUUUUAUGUUUAUGAAUUUUGUCCUUUAUACAUGUUUUUAUACCUUUUUCAAAUGAUUUUCGGAAUUGGAUGAUUUUAAGAGGCAAAAACUGUUGCUUUGGAAAAUAUUCCAUAAUGAAAUUGUUGAAACAUUUGUUUUUAUUUAAAAGUAUGUUCUUACUUUUUUCCAAAGCAUCUGUUUUGUUUUCAGUUGUGUGACUUUCUAAGGGUUGUGCAUGUUUAUGAAUAGAUAUCAGACAAUUUUUAAAAAGAUAAAAAUAAUGGAAAACCUGUUCAAAAUCAUAUUUUUCAAUUGAGUAUUCAUAUUUGAAUUGUAUUAACACUUUUUAACCAGUUUUUAAGUCAUUUACAAUAGUUCUAACGUUUUACUAACCCAUAUUCACAUAUUUUAAAAACUUUUAAAGUGGGUCAGUAGUUUUAUAUUUUUAUACAGUAAGUACUGUUUAUGUUUGGGCUAUAUUUCUCUUCCGGUGCCAAAUGAAAUACCUCAUUUUUAGAGUAGAAUAGAAGACAAUGAUAGCUGCUCAGCUGCUAUGUCUUCUACAUCAGUAUAAUCUCCAUCGAAUUUAAAUAUUUAAUGCUAUUAGUUUUCAAUUGAAGGGUUGGAUAGUUAUUUAAAGAUCAAUCAUAUUCAGAUUCUACCGAAGAACAAAUCUUUCCUCUCUUGUUCCGUGGGAAUGCCAGUGAAGCUGUUUUAUAGUUAUAAGAGAGGCUGGACUGGUUUUAGAAGAAAAAUUAAAGUACCAAGUGAAUUCUACCAGUAAAAAAAUCCUUUAACAUAGGGAAUUAUUUUUCAAAUGACUUUGUGUAUUGAUUUUUUGAAAUUUGGCUCGCAACCCAUUUAACAUAUCGAGAAUAUAUAAGUACAAAGUUCAAUUGGGAUAUCUGGUAUAUCAAUGAAUCAAUAUACUCUUCUAAUAAUAUUAGAAUAGGAUUACUCUAAACAUAAUUUGAAAAUGAAAACCAAUUUAAUUGCAUACAUCAAAUGACUUCUUUACUUUGUUCUUGUUGAUGAAGAAUAAUAAUGGUAUACUGGUAACCCCAUUGAGAUUUUUUGAAACCAAUAUUUUUAUGAAGAUAUUUUGAAAAAUUACACAUUUCAACAGUUGCCUUUGUAAUUUACUGUUUUUCAACUGAAUUGUUUCAGCCAGAAUUUGAAAAAUUGUUAUAUAUAAAUUACUUUCAAGAAAUAAGAAAUAAUGUAUCUAUGUUCAAAUGAUGCAAGUGUCAAGAACAUCAAUUUUUUUUCAAUAGAACCGGCUGGAACAUGGUUCUUGGUUUUACUAGUCUCCUUUUAUGAAAUUGUGUUUAUAACCCAUCAUUCCUUAAUAUUUUUAUACUGUUACAAUUGAGAGAGCUGAGUUUGGGCUCUCUACAUCAUUUUGUAUAUAUUAUCAAUAUAUUUCUAUUAUUUCAAA